UGCCAGAGACGGAAAUUAGCUUGAAAGAUCAUUCUAACGUAUUAUUAUCACAGAAAUGUACAAACAGUCUGUUCCGACGCGAGUAACUGUUCGCAUCAUUCUAUAUUCACCAGCGUUCGCGUCCGCGUACACGUGUCAUCAGCUAUAAUUAUGGUAUUUUUUUGAUAGUUUUUGUAUCAUGGUAUUAAAAUGUCAACAUAUUGUCGUAUUACUGGCAGGAGCCGUGGUUUACCAAAACCAAAUUAUUUUCCAUUGCUUCCACCAAUCUCGCCGGCUGAUGCAAAACGAUUUUGUCGCAUAACCGGAAAGUCAUAUGGAUUACCAGCACAUCAUUACAUACCGGUUUUGGUCGGUCGGAAAAAAACAAAAUCCGAAGUUAAACAUGUAGUAAUAAAUGGAUACCGGUAUGUAUUUCCAAUAAUAGAUCAAUGCUCCGAGCUAUCUGAGGUGUUAAAAACCAAAUGCACAGCUGAUGAUCGGAAGUAUGUGUACGCGGUGGAUAAACGUAGGUGUAGUCUUGUUUUUCCAACUAGUUUAGAGAACGCAGUUAGGGAUGGAGACGUUAAAGAUGUAAUGAUGUCAGAAACUAACGACACGGUGCUUCUUAAAUUGCGUAAAGGGGAAACUGUCGAGUUAGACAUCAAAGUUAUGGAAAUAAAGGGAAUGACGUUGAUGGAAGGUGAAGGGUUUCGGAACAGGCCAAAAAAAAGAAAAACCGUCAAGGAAGAUUGGAGAAGGAAAAUAUUCGAAGAUAAAGAAAAAGAAAGUGAUGCCGAGUUAGUGGAUGAAGAACUUAAAUCUAAACGAAUAACAUUUUUGGCUAGUCAAGGGAAACAAUUUGAAUCUAUUAAGUCUGUACCAACUGUUAUGAAUGGUAAAUCUUUAUGUGUUACAAAAAUCAAAAAUAUUGUCAAACCAUCUACAGCUAGUAUAAUAGUCGAAGAUAAUAAUAACAAUUUAAAACUUCAAACUGAUAUAUUACCCACUCCGAUCUCAAUCGAACCAAAUAUAAUAGAUCUCAGCUCUGCAUUUCCUGGAGUAAUACAUCAAACUUUUCUUAACGAUAUACCACUUACUGAUUUACCGAUGGUACCAGUAAUAUCACCUAUAAAACCACUGAUUACAAACUUUAAUAAGAUUCCGAAAAUUAUACCGGACCCUGUUUUAUGUACGAUUGAAGAAACAUUAAUCAAUGAUAAUAUAAAUAAAUUAUUGACUCUUAGUGACAUUAAUUUAUUGAUGGAAAAUAUUAAAUUAGGCACUCACGAAAUAAUUUCUACAUGUCAAGGCACUACUAAAAUAUUCAAAAUAAACAUUCAAAAUACUGAAAAAUAUGUUCCUGGUCAAUUUGUAAAAACUGAAGACGGUGAAAAGUUUGUACCUGGUAAAAUUAUCGAUACAACUAAUGGUAAACUAUUCGUGCACGGUAUUAUGGUUCAAACGUCAGACGGGCUAAAAUUCCUUCCUGGAAAAAUUAUUGAAGAUUCUGAAAAAUGUACUUUUGUUGUUGGCCAAAAUAUUGUCACAAGAGAAGGAGAAUCAUUUGUUCCGGGUCAAUCAAUGUUGAUAGAAGGAGAAAAAAAAUUUGUUCCCGGACAAACAGUUAUUACUUCGGAAGGUAUUGGAUUUGUUGCUGGUCAAACAGUCAACAGUGGUAAUGAAUCCCAUUUUAUUCCUGGGCAGACUAUUAUGACAAUUCAUGGGCCACAAUUCGUACCUGGGCAAUUUUGGAUUGAUGAUAAUAUUGAACCUACUCCAGAACAAAGUAUUCUUAAAAACGAUGGUGUUGAAUUUAUUCCCGGACAAAGUAGGUUAAAUAAUAAUGGUGAAUGGGAAUUUAUUCCCGGUGUUCGUGUUGGAUCUUCUUUCGUACCAGGAUUAACAAUCAUUGAGGAUAACAAAAAAGAAUUUAUUCCUGGAAGAAUAGAAAAAAGUAAUGAUUGUACUUCUUUUAUACCAGGUAUAACUACUUUAGAUAAUAAUGGAAAUACAAAAUUUGUAAUUGGAAUAAGCAUAGAAACCGAACAAGGAGUAAAAUUUGUUACUGGAAAUAUCUUAACAGACAACUGUGGCAACAAGCAAUUUAUUUUAGGACAAAUGUCAAAUUCGGAAAAUGGUUCAACUAGUUUUAUUAAAGCAAAAUCAUUACAAGAAGUUAUUUGUUCUGAUGAAGUACAAUCUGGAAUUUUGACAAACGAUUCAUUUUACCCAAAAGAUGAAAAAUCCGAUGAAGUUUUUGGACACAUGGUUCAAACUCUUUAUGGGGUAGAAUUUUAUCCUGGAGAUCCAGUAGGUUUACCGGCUGGUAAAAUAGUUUCUGGAAAAUUAAUUCGAAACAAUGGUAUAAGAUUCGUUCCAGGUGUUGUGGUCGAUAAAACAUUUAUACCUGGACAAAUGGUGGUGACAGAUAAAGGAGAACAGUUUGUACCAGGACAAGUGAUUGAAACGCAAACGGGACCUAAAUUUGUUCCAGGUCAAGUUGUAGAAACAGAAACGGGUUCAAAAUUUGUACCAGGGCAAACUAUAGAGACCAAAGAUGGAAUUAAAUUUGUUCCAGGUCAGAUAGUAGAAACAAAAGCUGGUCCGACUUUUAUACCGGGACAGGUCAUUUAUACAGAUGAAGAAGGAUCUAGGUUUGUACCGGGACAAGUUGUUGAUACAAUAGAAGGGCCAAGAUUUGUUCCCGGAAGAGUAAUAGAAACAGGUGAUUGUGUAACUUUUGUACCGGGUCAAGUAGUUGAAACCAUGAAAGGCUUAAGAUUUAUUGCACCAGAUCUUCAAGAUUCAGAUGAUGGUAGUUGUGAAUUUAGUGUACAAGGAUUUGAAGUCACACCAGAAGAACUUAAAGUUAUUCAACCUAAUUUUCCUCAAACCUCAUAUUAUACACAGAAUGGUGAAAUGACUUUAGAUUCAAAAAUGCUUGAACAAUUAUCGUUAGCGGGAAUGAGUAUUGGAAGACAAGUUCCAGCUGAACUUCCAGAAGUUGAUGUCAGUACUUUACCAUCAAUGGAAAUUGCUUAUGAUGUUGCAGAAAAACUAGAAUUUAAUAAUGACAAUACAAUUAAACUAGCACAUAUAAUUAAUCGAUUAUGUAAAUUGGAUUUAAAACGUACAUACUAUGGAUCACCACUUGUCCAAGAUUUAAUAAAAAAAUUGCCGCAGACCAAAUCUAAUGAGAGAGUUGCUGAAGUCAUAGAAAAUCUACUUAAAACUGCUAAAUCGAGUCCUAUAACUGCUUUAAAUGAAAUAUAUGCCGUGAUUUUUGACGAAAGUUUUAUAACAGAUUUAAAAAACCCAAACAAAAUUAAUAUUUUGAAAGGAAUAAUGAAUAGUACACAACUUGAAUCAAAACAUAUUGCUUCAGCAUUUAGCGAAAUAUUAAGUGAUUCAGAAGAUGCUAAAUUACGUUCAGCAUUUGAACAUAUAGCAGAAGAAAAUAUAGAAUUAUUAAAAGAAGUAAAAUUAAAAAUCAACAUGGAAAAAGUGCACAGUGAAAAAGAAGCUAUUGAAGCAUUGCAAUGGGCAAUCGUUAAUGUCAUUAAUAAAAAUAGUGAAAUUUCUGUCAACCAAAUGUUAAAAGAUAGUAAAAGUGAACAAUUUAAUCGUUUAUUAUCUGAUGCAGUUGGUCUCGCCAAAGCAUUAGGAAUGAAAGAAGUAGCUGCAGUACUUAUGGACGUUUUAGAUGAUCGGAGAUCAGCUGACAUAUUAGCAUCUGAUAAAAUAACAAUAGAAAUCUUAAGAAGAUUAACUGUAAUGAGAAAAUUAGCAGAAAGGCGACCAGAAUUCAGUAAAACUCUAAACGGAAUGUCUGCUGACCCAAUCGAAGCCAGAAUGGACCCUAAAUUACGUGAACUAGUCAGAGAAAGUGGAGUUUUAUUACUUCCUCCAGAAACAAAUGUCGAAACAUCUUUUGAUGUUCCUGUUGAAUUAUUUAGUCCUGGAAAUAGUUUAGCUAUGGAAGAUUUUAUGGUUAAAUCAAGAAAAAUGGGAAUUUUACUUAUAAUUAAAAAUGGACUUCAAGCAGUAGUACCACGAGAAGCAGCUAGGUCAGUGUUAACAGGACAAGUUGCAUACUCCGUUUUGGAUGAAAAAGGAAUCCAUAAAUUUAAACCGAUGAAUGUAUUAGAUGCUUUAAAUCUUCGAUCAUUUAGUUUAGGAAGAUAUUCAAUGUAUAGUUGUGCAAUACAAAAAUCACUUACCGAAGAUGAAGGAACUAUUACUCGUGGUAGUUCAAUUAGUUUGGAUGAUAAAACAUUAACUAAUGAAGAGGGUGGAGGAGAUGAAUAUGAAGUUCUUCAAGACUACGAAGCAGAACCAGUUGAGGGUGCAGAUAAAGAAGAUGAAUUGAUUUUAGAACCAGGAGACAAAGUAGUUGUGUUAAAACAAUCAAAAGAUGAUCCGUCAAUGGGCAACGAGUUAAAACGAAAUUUACUGUUGGACAAUUCAGCAGCCAAACAUAAAAUAUCAGUACGACCAAAUAAAGUACAUCCAACCAAACAUAAACUCUUGAAAACGGAUGGGUCAUUGGUUCAAAGUCUUGAUGAACCAACUCAAAUGGGAUAUGUACCAAACAACAUUCUCAAAAAAAUUAAUGCUCCUGCUAAAGCGACUGCAGUAAUUCCCGCAGCAGGACAAACUUUAUCCAAAAAGGAUGCAAAAUUUAACAGAGAUGUUGUACUUGGUGAGUUAGUAGAAACUGAAGAGGAAUUCGGACAAGAUAUCCAAGAAGUAGUUGAAAGAUAUUUAAAUCCGUUAGAGUUCAAUGAUGCACCUAGAAUAGUGAGAGACAAUAAAUAUCUCAUUUUCAAUAAUUUAAAACAAAUAUCACAAUUUCAUAACACAGUUCUCAUUGCUGGAUUGAAGUAUGCAGCUAGUGAACCAAAAACGAUGGGACGAACAUUUCUUCGUUUAGAAAGAGAUUUCGAUAAGCAUGUAGAUUAUUGUCAGACGGAACCUGAUGCACAAGAUUUUUUAGAACGUAACUAUUCAGUACGUGAAUAUUUUGACGAUGAAAGAUUAAAAUUUGCUGAUGAUAAAUCACUUUCAGAACAUUUAAAAUUACCUAUACAAAGAAUAAAUGAUUAUCAACUACUACUUAAGGAACUAGUAAAGUAUUCAUUGCUUAUUGGAGAAGAUACCACCGACUUAGAAAGAGCUCUUGAGUUGAUGCUAUCGAUACCACACCGAUACACGGACAAAAAAUUCUUAACUAAUAUCGAAGGAUUUCAUGGCACUAUACAUAAAUUGGGCCGAUUAUUAAAACACGGAUGGUAUUACGUACAAGACGCCGAAGAUCCCAAAGGUCAUCAACGAUACUGCUUUUUAUUCAAAUCUAGAAUACUUGUAUGUAAAGUUCGCCGAAUAACUGAAGAUAAAUCUGUAUUUGUUCUAAAAGAUAUAAUUCGGUUACCCGAAGUGACUGUGAAAUCAGCACCAGAUAACAAACGUGUAUGGGUUCUUCAUCAUAAUCAAGGAGAAGUUGGUAAUUAUCCUUUCACCUUUAGAGCUAAUGAAGAUGGAAUUCGAGACCAAUGGAUAACGGAAAUUGAAGAACAUAAACAAGAUUUACGUGAAAAAGAAGAUCUGCAAGACCAAUAUUGGGAGCAAGAAUACAUUUCUAUAGCUGAAAAAACUACUCGUAAAUCUUCUCAAACAGUAACGAAUAUUGAACACAACAGUGACGACAUUAAAGUUCAAAAACAAAAAGACGAAGAUUUAUUUGAACCACUUAAAGGAAUUGAAUUAGAUAUCUCUUCAGAAAUUGAAGAAGGUUUGGAUCCUAUUGAAAGACGAGUUGCACCGAAACCACUGAAGCACGUUGAAGAACCAAAACGUCCACCACUUACACUUCCCCCUAAAGAACCAAUAUUUGAAUGCACGUCACCUCCUGAACCCAUUAAAAAGCUAGAACCUGAAGUCAAAGUUGAAGAAACCCCAGCGAUUGAAAUGCCAGUUCCACUACAAGAAGUUGUUAUUGAAGAAGUAAAAGAAGUACCUAUUCCAGAUAUACAUCCUGUUCUUCCAGUAGAACCUCCUCCACCUGAAAGGUCUCCUUCUCCAGCUGAUGAAGUAAUUGAACCAGAACCAUUAAAAUACAUCGAAGGGGUAUCGAAACCAUUCUUCCAUGUCAACAUUAAAGGAAACAGUCAUGGAGGUAAUAUUGAAGAGUGUAAAGAAUGGUGGGACAGUAAGGGUGAAUUUAAAUCAGGAAGAUCAAUGAAUAAUGAAUCUUCUAUUGCAGUUGGAGAAAAUACAGUUUUCGAAUGUGAAAUUGAAGGUGCUAAAAAAGUUACAUGGUUGAAAAAUAACAUGCCUUUACCAAGUACUAUUGCUGAUCGAUCUAGUAUAAUUGAAGAUAAAGAGAAAAAUUUGUAUAAACUGCAAUUGAAUAAAGUAAUUAUGUCAGAUUCAGGAACAUAUACUGUUAAAGCUGAAAAUGAUAUUGGAGAAUCUACAAGCACAGCUCUAUUAUUUGUUGAAAAUCUUUCAGCCUCUGAAAAAAAAGCUAGGGCUAAAGCAAACGCUCCAAUAUUUACUGUAAAACUCGCUGACACUGAGCUUUUAGAAAAUACUCAUGCUAGAUUUAUGAUUGAAAUAAAAGGAAACCCAUCACCAAAAUUGAGAUUUUUUAAAGGGGAUAGAGAAAUAACAGAUGAAGAUUUAAGAGUACAAAUAUUAGAAGUUAAUAAAGAACAAGGUCUUUAUGAAUUGAUACUUCCCGAUAUAAAACCUGAGGAUGCAGGCGAAUAUAGAGUGGUAGCCAGUAACAAAUACUCAGAAGAAUCGUGUUCUUGCGUUGUUACCGUCACUAACGAAAAAGAUUUAUGGGCUGGUAUGCAAACUGAUAUACCAGUUGAUGGUACUCCUAAAUUUACAUGGUUGAAAAACGGAAAGCCAUUUAAUCCAGAAGAACGAUUUAAAGUAUUAUUUAAGGAUGAUGAGGAUUCAUUAGCCUUAGUUUUCCAAAAUGUUAAACCAGAAGAUGCUGGAUUAUAUACUUGUAUUGCUUCAACUUGUCAUGGAAAAAUAUCAUGCAGUGCUGAACUAAGUGUUCAAGGAGUUGUAAAAGAUAUACAUUUGCCUUAUGCUCCAAGAAUAACAAUUGAAUCUAAAGAACUCGAAACUAAAAUUCUAAGUACAGCAAUUAUUGAAGCUAAAGUAACUAGUGACCCGUCUCCAACUAUUGUAUGGUUCAAAAAUGAUGAAGAAUUAAUAGAAAAUGAACGAAUAAAAAUCAUGUUUGAAGAUGACAUUGCUGCUGUGGUAAUAAAAAAUGUUGAGGUCGAAGAUGAAGGAGAGUACAAAAUAUAUGCGAAAAAUGAUGAAGGAUCAGCGACUGAAACAAUUAACCUUUUAAUAAAAGCCGCUCCGAGAUUCAAAAAGAAUCUAACUGAUUUUGAAGGUGUUACAGGAAAAGAUAUUACAUUAACAGUAGAAAUAGAAGCGUCUCCAAAACCAAUAGUUCAAUGGUAUAAAGACAGCAAAGUUAUUAAGAAGUCGAAUAGAUUUAAGUAUGUCACUGAUGAAGUAUCAGGUAUCUAUACUUUAAUUAUUCAAGAUUGUAAAAUGGAAGAUGUUGGAUUAUACUCUGUGGUAGCUUCAAAUCAAUUCAGCCAAAUAUCUGAUGCUUGCCAAAUUAAUCUCCAAAUGCCACCUCAAUUUAUCGGUGCUUUGGCUAAAGAGGUAGAAACCCUUGAAGGUGAUUAUGUAUCUUUAAGCGUGAGAGUAGAAGGAGAUCCACCACCCCAAGUGCAGUGGUAUUUUGAAGAUAAACUUAUAAUCGCAGAUAAAAUUCAUACAAAAAUAAACGCUGUAGGAGAUGUUCAUACACUUUUAAUUAGUAAUCUUACAAGAGAGGAUUCUGGCAAAUAUACAUGUGAAAUAAGAAAUGAGUUUGGAAAAAACACAAGCGAAGGAAAAUUAUUUGUCAAAUGUCCACCGAUUUUUGAAACUCCUUUAACUGAUGUAAAAGCAGUGGAAGGAGAUACUAAUGUAGAGUUUACAGUAAAACUUAAUUCCUAUCCUAAAUCAUCAGUUAAAUGGUUCCGAGAAGAAGAAGAAAUAACAGAAACAACUACUGAAUUCACAUGUAUCGAAGAUGGAGAUAAUUUCAAACUUGUUAUAAAAGAAGCUAAAACUAAAUUAUCUGGGUCAUAUAAAUGUAGAGCAACAAACGAAAUUGGAACUUAUGAUUCAGAAGCAACUCUUACUGUCAUGUCACAUCCUAAUUUCAAGAAAGGAUUGAAGGACAUGGAAGUAACUGAAGGAGGAAUGCUUAAAUUACAAGUUACCUGUUAUGGGAGUCCUAUACCUGAAAUUAAAUGGUUUAAGGAUGGUAAAGAAGUACAUAGUGAUGCUCAUAUCAAAAUAUCAAAAGACAAAAAAAGAGUAGAAAAUUUCAGUCUCACUGUUAAUCUUGUAAAAGUAGAAGAUGGCGGAGAGUAUGAAGUUAGAGCCACAAAUGAAAUGGGAACAGCUGUUACUAAGAGUAUUGUAAAUAUUCUAGCAAAACAAUCGGCUGAUUACAACGAUGAUGAUAAUGAAUCAGAUAAAAAUGUAAAUGAGGAUACCAAAGAAAAUAUAGAUAAAAAGGAAAAAGUGUUAUGGCCAAUCAAUAUCAACAGUUCAGAAGGUACCCAAGAAAAAUUAAUAGAAAUAAAUGUGGCUGAAGAUAGAAAAAUGGGUAUUUCAUCAAUAAAAAAUAUAGAUGGUGAUCAAUCUUUCAAAACCGAAGAAAGUUUAAUUAUAAUGAGCAAUCAGUCAGAAGGAUUUAGUUGCGUUGAAAUGAGUUGGGAAGAAUCUUCUAUUAAAUGUAAGAAUUUCUAUGGGAUCGUGGAGGAACCAAGAGAUGAAAGAAUUAUACCUAUAAAAAUCGACAGAGGAAUAUCAAUACAUACAGCUUCUGACGAAGAAGAAGAACCAUUUUGGGUAAUCGAAAGCGUUAAAAAACAUGAAGAAGUUAGAAAUGAGAUUAAAAAAAUGAAAGAAGACAAAAUUCUCCAACGAUCAUCAUCAGUUGAUAAUUACGACAAAGAAGAUGAUAAAUCAUUGAAUGAAUUAUUGAAACGAGUUAAAAAACAACGAAAUGAUUUGGAAGAUAUAUUGAAUAAAGAAAAUCACUUUACAGAAAAGACGGUUUCACGAAACAAUAGUAUAUUCAGUGAAGCAUCUACUGUCGAAGAAAGAUCAGUUUCAAGGUUGUCAUCUUUAGAAGAAAAUAUAAAGAUUUGUGAGUCAGCAAAUAAUUUAUUAAAUAAUGAUAAAAAAAAAGAAUUAUCAUCAAUCAAAGAAAAUACAUUAGAAGAAUUUAAGGCUAAUAUCAUUAAUAAUCUAGAUAUACCAAAAAAUGGUUCUAUAACUAAUGGUUCAUCAACAGAUACAUCACAAAAUAACUCUUUUAUACAAAAUGAAAAUUUGGAUGAAAAAUAUUCUAAAAAUGAAAAUAAUAUUUUGAAUCCCGUUAAAAGAAUUUCCCUAUCAAGAUUAUCUUCAACGGAAGACUGUGACAAUUCUUAUUUACCCGAGAAAUAUAUAAAGGUGUGUUCUGAAAAUCCAAUAAAUGAAUCACAAAAAUUCAUAGUAACUUCUUUUAAAGAAAGUCAUAAAACUUCAAUGCCAAUAAAACUAAAUGAAUACUCUGAUAUAUCCAGUAUAGGGUCAAAACCAGAUACUGUUAAUGAAACAUCUAUUUCAUCUGAUAAUAAUCAAUAUGAAUUUAAUAAUUUAGUUUCAAAAUCACUUCUUCGAGAUAAAUCUGAAGAAUACGAAAAAAAACCUCAUAACAUAAAUGAUGAACUUAAUGAUAAAUUAAAAAAAAUUGAAAUUGAACAUUUGAAUGAUUUUUACAAUUCUAUAAAUACUAUUAACAACAAUGGAUUAAAUAAUAUUAACAAAGUUACAAAAAUAAUCGAAAACGAUAACGACGAAUUAGAUGCCUUACAGAAGUAUAAAACUGAAGAAAAUGAUUAUCGAAGAAAAUCAUUAAUAAGACAAUCUAGUAUAUUAAGUGAUGCUUUAAAUGCAUUGUGUAAUGAAACCCCUGAGGACUCUAAUUAUAACAAACAAAAAAAAUUAUUGAUCGAAGAAGAUAGUAUAAAUAAUACAUUUAAUUUUAAUCUAAAAGAAAAAAAUGAAAAUGAUUUAUCGAAACUUUCAACUCAAAAAGCUAACUCUACCAAAUCAUCAUUGACUGAUAAUGAAUCACAAGGUAAUUUAAGUAGAAAAUCUAGCAUUUCAAAAAUUUCGGAUGACAAAAACAUUACAAUUCCUGAAAAUUCUGAAGGUAAAUUUCACAAAGAAAACAAUCAAUCUGGAAUUAAUAAUAUACUCGUUAAAGAGGAACCCAAAAUGUCAAGUUUAGAAACAUCAUCUAAAUCAUCAAUUCUGUUAGAUGAAAACCAGAAAAUAUUAAACGAAUUAGAAAACAAAGAAUUAACUGCUAUAAAAGAAGAAACUAAUUUAACAAAAAGAACUUUAGAAAAUAAUCUUUAUAAUUUACAUGAAAAUUCUUCUAGUUCUGUUUUAAAUAAAAAUGAAAAUGUUAUAACUGAUGAUGGAAUAUUAAAUGAUCAAGAUGUACAUUCUACGCCUAAACUUUUAUUCAAAGACAAUAGUUUGGACAAACUACCCGAAGAACCUAUUACUGUGGAAGGUAAUAACAAGAAAUCUAAAAUUAUUGUAAAAGAUUCAAAUCUUAAUAAUUUAACCGGUACAUCAUUACUAUCAAAAGAAGACAAAAAUAUUAAUAAUCAAGCAGUACCAUUAAAUGAACAUUUCGUCGAUAAAGAAAGUAAUAUGAAUUAUACAGGACAAAAUAUCAAAGAUACAAAUGAUAUAAUAUCAACAGAACCUACUUUAGACAAUAAAGAACAUACUAAUGAGAAAAUUUCAAAAUUGAAAUCUGUAGGCAUAGAAAAUGAAGAAAUUUACGAUAAGUCUACAUGUGGAACAAAGCAAAUAAGAGUUCCUCCAAAAAUUUUAUCUGGGAUGGAUGACGUCGUUACUUACGAAACACUUACUCAAGUAUUUAAUGUCAAUGCUUGUGGUACUCCUAAGCCGAAAGUUCAAUGGUUCAAAGAUAGUGAUGAAUUAUCAAAUACUAGAAAUAUUCAAAUCAUUGACUCUGAUCAAGAAGAAUCAUUUAAAUUAAUUAUUAAAGACUUAAGAGUAGCUGAUUCAGGUUCAUAUUGUUGUAAAUUAACUAAUGAGGUCGGAGAAGAUACGAAAUCGGCAAAGCUUGAAGUGCAAGACGUUGAAUUACUUCGUGGUCCAAAAAUAAGGAAACCACUAUCUGAUUUAGAAAUAACAAAAGGCCAAAAAGUUACAUGGUCAAUAACGCUAAUAGCUGAUCCUGUUCCAGAAGUUGAAUGGACUUGUAAUGGAAAAGAAGUCAACGCUGACUUUACUGUUGAUUCGACAGAAAUUGCAAAUGGCCUUAAAGAGUGUAUAUUUACGAUGACUAUUCCAACUUCUCAACUUGGUGAUACCGGUGUUUAUCGCGUGAAAGCGACUAAUAAAUUUGAUUCAACUGAAUGCAGUGCGCGUUUAGAUAUUGUUAUGAAACCAGAAAUUGAAGGAUUCCAUGACAUUACUGUAGUACCGUCAAUGGAAGCUGUAUUCAAUGCUAUAAUUAAAGCAGUACCUAAGCCCAAAAUAAUAUGGACAGUUAAUGGAAAAGAUUUAGCCGAGCGAGAGCUUGUUAAUCUUACAAGCGAAGAAUUAGAAACAAAUAUAACAAAGUUCAAGAUAAUAAUAGGAAAUGUAUUUCCAGAAGAAGAAGGUGAAUACAUGGUUAAAGCUUGGAAUAAAGUUGGUGAAACUACUGCCGUUGCCAAUCUCAAACUCCAUACUGAAGCACCUUCGUUUGUUAAAUUGAUGGAAGAUAAAACUAUACAAGAGUAUGAAGAAGUUCAAUUGUCUGUUCGGGUCAAUGGAAUUCCAAAGCCUAAAAUAACAUGGUUUAAAAACGGUGAAGUGGUUAUACCUGACCUAAGGAUCAGUAUACAUACGAAUGAUGAAGGUCAAGUUAAAAGUACUCUCACUAUAGAACAUUUCAGUGAUUUAGACAUAGCAAAUUUCUCAGUGAAAGCUGUUAAUAUGAUUGGUGAAGCCGAAACGUCAUCUAAUUUAAAAAUGGCAGAAAUAAUGCCAUCAUUUGUUAAACCUUUUGAACGAAUAACAGAAGCUAUUGAAGGAUCACCAAUUGAACUUCAAACAGAGCUUAUUGGUAGUCCUCGUCCUCGUGUUGCAUGGUAUAAGGAUGGUGAAGAAAUUCGAAAUGUAGAAGCAGACAAUACGGAUGAUGAGCAACCACACAUUACAUUAGAAACAAAUCCCAAUGGAUCUAUAUUAAUGAAAAUAGAUAAAGUUGAACAAGGAGACUGCGGUGCUUAUAAAGUUAUAGCAACUAAUAAUUUCGGAACGAGCGCUACUAAUACAGCUUUGGUAGUAAAUGAAUUACCGAAAAAGCCAAUUAUAAUUAAACACCCAAAAAAUAUCGACAUCAGUGAAGGUGAAAUUUUAAAAAUAGAGGCUCAAUACACAGCGAAUCCAGAUGCUUCAAUAAAAUGGUACAAAGAUGGACAUGUAUUGCAUCCUUGUCCCCAGUUAGAUUUUGUCAUGGGUCCAAAUGGCAACAUAGCUUUAGUAAUUGAAAAAGCUACACUAGAAGAUGCUGGUGAUUAUGAAGUUGUUUUGUCGAAUGAAUUGGGUAAAGAUUCUGCUCAAGCAGAAGUAAAGGUAAAACCAGCAGCUGCAGAACCUGCAUUUAUUACGCCUUUACGGGAUGCUAAAGUUGUCGAAGGAUUUCCCGCAAAGUUACAGUUUAAACUAUCUGGUUUUCCAAAUCCAGAAGUUGUAUGGACGUUGAACGAUAAACCAUUAAUCGUAGACGGGGAAAAGAUUAAAAUGGCACAAGGACCAGAUGGCCUCCAUUACUUAUUAAUUGAAAAAGCUGGCCCAGAACACGCAGGGAAACUAGUAGUCAUUGCUACAAAUGAUAAUGGAAAAACUACAUCAGAAGCAAAACUUUCAGUGACUUCAAAAGUAAGUCCUGAUGUUUCGGAUGCUAAGCCUGUAUUUCUUAAUGGACUCAAAGAUACAACAAUAGAAGAAAGUAAUCCAUUUACAUUAUCAGCUCCAUUCCUUGGAAAUCCUAUACCAGAUGUCAAGUGGGAAAAAGAUGGAAAAAUAUUACAGCCAUGCAAUAAAGUUCAUUUUACCUGUGAUGGUUAUAAAGUUGGGCUUGAAGUUCUUGAUACUAAUACAGGUGAUGCUGGAGAGUACAGUUGCACUCUAACAAAUAAACUAGGAUCCGCUGUAUCAAAUUGCCAAGUUGGUAUUCGCAAACUUUAUCAAGCUCCCGUGUUCACACAGCGUUUUUCUCAUAAUAAACAGUUACUUUCAAGAGACGCUAAAUUUCAUGCCCGAGUUACCGGAGUUCCAUCGCCAAGUAUUGUAUGGCAUAAAAAUGGCCAUCAGCUAACGAAUGGCACCAAGUACAAAAUCAAGCGUGAUGGCGAGAUUUGUAGUAUUACUGUAUGUGAUAUCGAUAUUGAUGACGCAGGAUUAUAUAGCUGUAUUGCUACUAACCGCGAUGGAACAGCCACAUGUGAAGCACAACUUGCCAUAGCACCUCGAAUUAUUGAUGAAUCAAGAAAACAGGAGCCACCAUCUUUUAUGAAGAAAAUCGGUGAUUGUGAAGUAUUUGACGGAAUGACGGCUAAAUUUACUGCAUGUGCAACUGGAUGGCCAGAACCAGAGUACGAAUGGUUCUUGGAUACAAAUAGAUUGUAUGAAACCGAAAGAAUCAGAAUGGAAAAAGAAGAUUCUGGAUUAUUAAGAUUAAAAAUAUUACACGCUGAUCCACUUAUUGACUCUGGUCGGUAUAAAUUGCGUAUUUAUAAUCCUCAUGGAGAAGCAUAUUGUGAAGCGAGCAUAAUAUUUGAUAAUGGUUUAGAUUCACGAUCAAAACGUCCAGUUGGGGAAUUAUACAAAGACUAUGAUCGUUAUCGUGCAACUGGGGCACAUCUACCACUACCUGAUCCUCCUACAAUAAUCCGUAUGACAGAUAAGAGACUCACACUUUCGUGGAAACCGUCAUUACCGAUCACACCUAGAACUCCAGUUACGUACUUAGUAGAAAUGGAAGAACAGCCAAAAGGAGAAUGGUCUACAGUUAGAGCUGGUAUUCGAGGUUGUGUUUGUGAUGUACAUAAUUUAAUACCAUUUAGAGAUUAUAAAUUCCGAGUAAGAGUAGAAAACAACUAUGGAAUAAGUGAUCCCUCGCCAUUCGUAUUGACAUACAGAGAAAGAUUAGAGCCAGAUCCUCCUAAAUUUACUCCUUAUCUACCUCCAGGGGUUGCUUUUAAUCCAGAAUUAUCCCCUUAUUUCCCUAAAGACUUUGAUAUUGAACGACCUCCUCAUGAUAACUACGCCCAAGCACCGAGAUUCUUACAUCAAGAACAUGAUACACAAUAUGGAGUUAAAGGUCACAAUGUAAACUUAUAUUGGUUUGUCUAUGGAUAUCCUAAACCUAAAAUGCAAUAUUAUUUCGAAAAUGAAUUAAUAGAAAUGGGUGGUCGCUAUGAUUCAAGUUAUACACGAAAUGGUCAUGUUACAUUAUUUAUAAAUAAAAUGUUAGAUCGAGAUGUUGGAAAAUAUGAAGCUGUCGCUACAAAUGAACAUGGAAUAGCUAGGCAGAGAGUUCGAUUACAAAUUGCUGAGUAUCCUAAAUUCUUAAAAAGGCCUGAAGAAAUAUAUGUAACUUUGCGUAAAAAUUGUAAAUUAGAAGCUAGAGUUAUAGGUGUUCCAUAUCCAGAAAUAAAAUGGUUUAAAAACUGGAAACCAUUGGUGGAUUCAGCCAGAGUUAAAAUUGAACAGGUAGAACCUGACAUUUGUAUACUACGUAUUGAAGAUGUUAUUAUGAAAGAUGAAGGCUUAUAUAGUAUAAGUGCACGUAAUUUAGCUGGAUCAAUAUCUACAUCAGUAGCUAUACACGUUGAAGACCGAGAGUCUGACUAUACAAAUAAUGGUAAAACGGAUGUUAAAUGGAAGAAAAAAGAAUUGUCAGAAUUAUACGAUAUUGGAGACGAAUUGGGACGUGGUACACAGGGUGUUGUAUAUCAUGCUGUAGAAAGAUCAACGGGCAAAAAUUACGCUGCUAAAAUUAUGCAUGCAAAAGGAGAUCACUUGACAAGAUUAAUGGACAAUGAGCUGAAAAUAAUGACUGAUUUAAGUAAUAGAAGAAUUAUUCGUAUUCAUGAUGCUUUGCAGACUACUAGAACGUAUACUUUAAUAACGGAACUAGCUGGAGGUGGUGAGCUUUUGGAUGUCUUAACCAAACAUUCAUUCCUCACAGAAUAUGAUAUAUCAUUGUAUAUUAUUCAACUGUUAAAGGCUUUAAAACACAUGCACGAUUUUGAAAUAGCCCAUUUGGGUUUGACACCGGGAGAUUUAUUAAUAUCUCACCCAGGAGGAGAUACAUUAAAGUUAUGUGACUUUGGACUUAGCAGGAAGAUUAAUAGAAGAAGAUUAGAACCUGUUGACUACGGUAUGCCGGAAUUUAUUUCACCUGAAAUAGCAAGAGGAGAAGGAGUAGAUCUUUCUUCCGAUAUAUGGUCAGUCGGAGUGAUAACUCAUUUACUUUUAACCGGAGUGUCGUUAUUCCGUUGUGUAAACGAUGCUGAUACAUUGGAUAAAGUGAAAAGUGGUUCUUACACACUUAGCACCAAAAUUAGUGAUUUAGCAAAAGACUUUAUCUCAAAGUUAUUAGUAUUCAAUCCUAAUGAUCGUCUGGAUAUAAUAAAUGCGCUACAACAUCCUUGGCUACAACAAAGUGAAGAAAUAUCCACUGAAGCAAGUCGAAUCAACACUGAUUCUCUUCGAAAUUAUUACAACAACUUUAAAGAUUGGUAUAGUAACGCAUCUUGUAGAAAUUGGUACAGACGCCGUCCAUUAUCUUCUGCAUAUACCCAUCCAAGUAAAAUGAUAUAUCCACUUGGUUUAACUUGGACUCCUAGUCCUACUCCAGAACCAGAAUCAAAGAAACCGGCAAAACAUGUCCCAUCAUGGAAAGAUAAACUCCCACCCAAAGAACCAAUUGAUACAGAAAUAGGAAUCAUUAAAUCAGAAAGUCAUUAUCAAUAUGGACCUGACACUUAUUUAUUACAACUAAGAGAUACGAAUUUCCCCGUACGUUUGAGGGAGUACAUGAAAGUUGCCGGCAAAAGUUUAACACACAGAGGAGGAAGCGAAUCACACAUGGAUUGGGAGGCACCUGUUAUUCGCGAAAGAAGAAAGUUUACUGAUAUUAUGGACGAAGAAAUUGAAGACGAACAAAAAGCACGAAUCAGCAAAUAUGGUGCUGAUAUAUACACAUUGAGAAGAUUAAAACAAGAAAUAGGUUCCAGACCAACUGCACAUGUAGAAGCCGAGGCAAUUUUGGAAUCAAGAAUCGAUGGACAACCGCCAUUCUUCAGAGAAAAGCCACAAAAAUUACCUGUUGAACCAGAUAAGCCAGCUGAUCUUAUGUGUUUAGCAGUAGGAGUUCCGAAGCCAUUAGUUCAAUGGUUUAAAAAUGAUAUAGUUCUAACUGAAAGUCAUAGAAUAAAAAUGUUAGAAGACAAUGACGGGAGAUCAAUUCUUAGGUUAGACCCAGCAACAGAAUUAGAUCUAGGUAUUUAUAAAGUUGUAGCAAGAAAUAAAUUUGGACAAACAACUGCUCGAGCUCGACUCGUUUUAGCUCAUCCUCCUGGGCCUAUGGAAGCUCCAAUAGUGCAAGAAUAUUCUGAUACAGAAAUUUUAUUGCGAUGGGAUCAUCCAAAAUAUGAUGGAAAUUCUCCAAUUUUAUGUUAUCAAUUGGAAAUACGAGAAAAUGAAAGCGAAUGGGAAUUGGUAGCAAAAAAUAUUGAUCACGAAUUUUGGCUUAUGCAAAACCUUAGAGCUUACACAAAUUACGAGUUCAGAUUAACAGCAAUGAAUCGUAUUGCAUGGGGUCCAGUCGGACCAGCUUCAGCCGUUGUUCGAACACAUUUUCCUGAUGCUCAAAAAUUGAAAGUGCCAUCGGCAAUGUUAAAUUUACAAAUAAUAACUGAAAGUGGCCGAGAAAUAAUUGGUGACGAACCUCGCAAUAAUUUAGAUUAUUCACUUGAAUAUAAACCAAUAGAAUGGGCUGAACAGCCACCUAUUGAAAAAUAUCGGUUUAUUUCUGAGAUUGCUAGAGGGCGAUUCUCUGUCAUUCUUAAAGGAAUAAAUACAACAAAUGAUUCAAUUAUAGUAGCAAAACUAUUGGAGAUAACACCUGACACCGAAAAACGGGUUACUCAUGAAUUUAAUGUCCUUAAAACUUUAAAACACGAACGAAUAGCAUUCCUCAUAGAAGCUUUUAAGUUGGAAAAUGCACCUGUUGCUGUUUUUAUUCAAGAAAAAUUGCAAGGAGCAGACAUAUUAACAUACUUAUCAACAAAAGAACAAUAUUCAGAACAAACCGUUGCCACUAUCAUCACUCAGGUAUUAGAUGCAUUGCAAUACUUACACUGGCGAGGAUAUGCUCAUUUAGAUUUACAACCAGAUAAUAUAGUUAUGGCUUCGGUGCGAACUAUACAAGUAAAAUUGAUUGAUUUUGGGUGCGCACAAAAAGUCAGUAAACUCGGAGCAGUUGUUGGAGCAAACAGCGUGUUGGAGUUCACAGCCCCUGAAAUUUUGUGCGACGAACCUGCGUAUCCGUACUCAGAUAUUUGGUCACUCGGAGUAAUAGCGUACACGUUGCUAUCUGGAAUGUCACCAUUCAGUGGAUCCAAUGAUACAGAAACAAGACAGAACAUCACAUUUGUCCGAUAUAGAUUUGAAUACUUGUACAAAGACCUAUCACAGGAAGCAACAAGAUUUUUAAUGUUAUUGUUUAAAAGAACGCCAACCAAACGGCCGUCAGCAGAAGAAUGCCAUGAACACAGAUGGCUAUUACCAACGGAAUAUAUGAUUAAAAAAAGAGAUAAGACAAUGUUUAAUUCAUAUAAAUUACAGCAUUUCGCCAAGGAGUACCAUGAAAACAGAACCAAGGUAACAACUUCGUCACAAAAAUUGCUAAGCGCCUUAGGAACAAGGCAAAUUGGACUUGGUCGGUCAAACAGUGUAGUCGAUGAACUACUUAUCUUCAAAUAAAUAUAGCAGAAAAUAUGAUUUUACCAAAUUAAUCUAUGAUUAAUAUUAAAUCUGUUAUUAUAUUAGAAACAAUACAAUGUUAUUACUUAUUACCAAUGUAAUUGUACAUGUUUUAUUGAUUAAAUUAUUGUUGAUUUAAAAUGUAUUCGGAGUAACUUAUAGUUUCGCAUGAACACUAACGUUUGACACGGAUAAUCAUGUAAAUCAGUAAUCAUAAAAAAAUGCAUAUAUAAUGAAAAUAACACUUUUUUUUAUAUAUUUUA